AGACUUCUUCUUUCAUUUUGUGUAUUGGCUGAAUUGUAGACCGGCAAGACACCAGUGAAAAUACACAAAAUAUGUUUCACUGUCGUGAAAAAACAAUUUUUUACAGUGAAAAUACAGAAAAUAAAAAUAAGGCAUAUUAUUUCAUCAAUAUUUCACUUAACAGUAUCUAAUACAGCAAACAUCAUUUUUUAGAGAAAAAAGUAAGAUUUCUUCAAUGGACAACAGCCGUGUAAAGAAAACUUAUGAUAUAAACGUCACAAUUAUCCAAUGAAAAGCGACGUUACAAACGUGCAGUAUUAUAAAAAUUAUAAUAAAUAUGUACUCGUAUAUAAAGUUAAAAUAGAAACACACUCAGUACAGUUGAAGAGAAAAUGAAUAAGAGCAUUAGACAGAGUAUUAGGGUUCAGGAGAUCAUUUAAACUAAAUAAAAAAAGUAAAUUGAUCCCAAAAUAAAAUUUCAAAACAGCUACAGAAUGCUUAGUAAAAACGAAAAACACAAAAAUUCAACGAACAUCAUGUACAUUGCCGUGUCAGUAAAUGCUGUAUGUGUGAUAUAUAUGUAUAUUGGCAAUCCAGGUUAAUGAUUUCUCAGAAAGUGUAACGUGGGUGUUGAACAAAAGAUACAGAAGACAACAAUAAAAUUGAACGAGAUUACUGGGAACUUCUGAACAAUAGCAACAAUAAUUUCUGAAAGUUUUCCGUGAAAUACUCUGUAUCAUCCCUCUGUAAUCACAGACGCUUGGGGGUCAGAUCCUGCCCCCCCCCCCAACGUGAUACGCCCCUGUAAACACUCUGUCAAAAAUAUUUUAAUAUUUAAACACAAAUUGGACAUCUGCUACAAUGAUACAACUGGUUUUCAAACAAUCAUUAAUCUGAAAAAAUUACCUUUUACCAUCAAGUCUCAAUAAAGUACUUUAUUAUUGAGAUUUAAUCAAAAAUAAUUAUAUAAAUUAAUUUACAAAUCGUUUAAAUGGUCGAUAUUUAGGUAAAAACCAGUUAGGCAACUCAAUAACCUGUUACCAAGGCUAAGACAAAGUGCCGAUUAAUAAAAAAAUUAUAAACAUUCUUAAGUUUUAUUAAUACCUUAAUAAUGUUACUAUAUAUUGUAACAAAAUUUAGGGUAUUUCAGGGCCUAACAAGAAUAAUCAUACAUGGCGUUCUAUUUGUAUUUUAGUUGUGAGUACGUUACUGUCUUAAUGAGGUCAGGAAGCUUCCAAGAAAAAGAUCUAUUGUAUUAUCUUCAUAACAGUUGCAAGGUCUAUUAUUUCUCAGAAAUUAAUAAAUAAUUUCCUUUUUUAGAAAGGGCUCACAAGAGUUUCAUAACAUUUAAGUAAUAGUUUAAGUGUAAAGGGAAGUAGAGCUGAAAAUGAAAUUUAUUUGUUUUAAAUGUAGCAAAUUAUGUAGACACUGCCAAACAAAAGUACUACAUCUCUACUAAUUACCAAAAAGGCAGAAGUAAGAAGCAAAAGAUUGUUCAGCUAAAUUGGUAAUUGACCAAUUAAUAGCUUGAGGAAACUAAAACUGGACACCGAAAAUAAGCUUUUGAAAAUUGAAAGCAUUUCUGGCAAUAAUGUGGCUUUAAGCUUUAAUAGGAAAUUUAAUGUUGGUUUAUUAAAUUUUGUGGAAAACGAAAUUAAUGUCAAGUGUGUAAAAAUUCAUUGUUUUAAGUUAAGAAAGUCAGAAACGGAAUAGAAUGUAAAGGAGACGUACACUGCGGGGGACUAAAUGAUAAAGCAAAUAACAACAUACAUUAUUUGAGGCAUUGCAUUCAAAGAGUAUUCACCUACUGGAAAAUAUAAGAAUGUCUGAAGCACCAGAUUACACAGAGGCAGCGUCACUGAAACUAUCAGAAGUUCUUGCUGAUAUAGGCGUGAAUACCAGAAUGAUACUGAAGAGGAGGAGAGCAAUGCUUCUGAUUGAAUCAAUGAGAAACAUGUCUAGUUAUAUAGGUUUAAACAUGAUGCGACAAUACAUAAUGGGUAGUCAAGCAGAAGGCACAACUACAUUAGGACUAAACUCAGAUACUGACAUGAUUGUCUGUCCUAACAUGUACUUUCAUGUGAUACAAGAUUGGAGUGACUGGCAACCUGGUGUAAUAAAUCUACUGAUGAUUCAAGAUCAUUCUAUAUCCCCAGGUUACUGUCAACUUCAAUUGUUAAGACCUGAAGAACCUCUACCUUUCCCCGAGUGUGGAAUUAUGCUCUCUACUUUAUCAGACUUUAUCAGAACAGACAGAAUUGGAAGAAUAUGUUUUAGGAAUUCUUUUUUAACAAGGUCUGCUUUAAGUUUUGAUGGAGUAGUACGGCAUGGUCCAGCAUGUUCGUCAGUAGAGGAUGAUGUAGUUUUUGCUUUUACCAGUUCAACAUGGCCUUUACAAGCUAGACAAUGGUUGCACCAACAAAGUGUUGGUCAAUGGCCUACUGAUGAAAUCAAACAAUACUGCUGUAGUUCUGGUUGUUUUCUUGUUGGAGUUGGUGGUCAACAUGGCAGUGAAAAUGAGGAUCUUGAAUGGAGGAUAUCAACAUGUAUAGCUGAAAAAUGUUUAAUGUACAACCUAAACAUUACACAGAUUCGCUGCUAUGUCCUGAUGAAAAUGAUAAUAAAAACAUUCAUAAAUCCAUUGUUUAAUGGUGUGAUUUCUAGUUACAUGUGUAAGACAGUUUUGUUCCACUGUAUUGAAGGUACCCAGUCUAUUAUCUGGCAGGAAAAUAACUUAAUUGUAUGUUUAUCGUUGUGUAUUCAUGAUUUGUACACUAACAUUUUUAAUGAAAAUUGUCCACAUUUUUUCAUUCCUGAAAACAACUUGAUGAGAGGGAAGAUUACACCUGAAGUCAAACCUUUCAUACUGGAUAUACUUCAGCGUUUCAUCAACAGCAAUGGGGUAGCACUACUAGGAAUCAAGUGUGAUGAUCUUGGUUCAAGGCUUCAGCUUAAGUUCAACAAUAUAUUAGUAUGCCCAUUCAGAACAUAUGACGAUAUUUCAAAGAAACUACUAACAAACCUAAGUGGGAUUUUUUUAUCUGACAUUACAAUAUACAUGAUUUUGAAUAUGGAACCAGUACAGAUAUCAAACAUGUUAAAGCAGGCUAUUUCUGACCUAGUUAGUCUUCAAUGUCAUGGACUAGACAAGACAGCUCGCAAUCUUCUAGCACCAAUGGUCUGUUCAAGGCUAGGAUCUGUUUUAGCUUCUCUCGACAUACAACAGUAUAAUACAAUAUCAGCCGAGACUCUCAAAUGGAUCUCCCUGGGUCUAAACACUGAUGUUGCAUCUAGUAAACUCAAACUUGCCUCAAUGCUAUACUGUACAGGGCAGUUUAGAAGAGCCGAAAUUGUUCUCUGUGAUAUUGAAAGGCAUUAUGACCUUAAAAUUGUUGAGCCUAUUUGUCCACAUUUAGACAUAAGAGCACAAGCUUUCAAUGCAGGAUGUGAUUUACAAAUUGAAGAAGCAAUGAAAUGCACAGUAGCAAACUGUGUACAAUUUUGGCCAUGUGAAGUCUAUUGUUCUCCAAAGGAAUUAAGACCGGAAAUGUUUCGAUCUACAGAAGAGGACAAAGCUUUCAGAACAUUGCAGGACUUCUGGAUGAACAAUGCUGAAGUGGAUUCUCUAACUUUCCUCUACUUUCUACAGUACAAGAUAUACAGCCAUCUCAACAAACAAGAAGAUAAAUGUGUGGCACUCUCUAAACUUACCAGAACCAUUGAACAAGAACCAAGAUUAGCUCACUCGGAAACAGCCUUGAAUUUAUUGGGGCAGUGCAUGGAACAGGAACACAGACCUAUAAAUGCGUUACAGUGUUAUUCCCUGUCACUGAAUAUAAGGUGGAGAAACAAUGCUGCAAAGAUUCAUAUCUGCAGACUUUUGAGUACACUUAUAAAUAACAGAUAGUUAAAACCUAUACAGUCAUGUAUCAAUAAGGACAAUAAAAUUUAUUUAACCACUAUCAUUCUGUCCUUCAUACGCCAGAAUUGAAGAUUAAAGGCACAUUAUGCCUGAGAAAUGAUAAUUAUUUUCCUUCUUUAGAAAGGACAAAAAUGAGUUUUACAAUGUUUAAAUAAUGGUUUAAGAGCAUGUUUAAUGUCUGUUACCUGAAGAAAAUGGCGUGUAAUGUGAAAUCACUUGUCAUAAAAGUGGCAAAAUGUAAAUAAAGUUGUAUAUUGACUUCCAUACAAAAUUAUUUUACUAUAUCACUAUUAUCUGUACUAACUGCCAGCAUGCAACAGAAGCAAAAAAUGGUUCGGAUACUAGUAAAUGGCUUAUUAGGAAUUUCUAUUGGAAGGACAUAGAAAAUAAAAGUAUUUUAAGGGCAUAAUGGGCCUUUAACUUGAUUUAAGUAUUUUAUAGCCAAGUGGUAUAAGUACAAGUUUCACAGUGACAAUAACAAUAAAAUCCUUGUUUUUCAAGUAUCAAAUUCAUUGAAAUAAUAUUGUGAUACAUACAUUGUACUUAGUGAUCAACAGGAGAAGUAGAUAUUACAUAUGUGAUACAUAACUAUUGAAAUACAAGUCAAUCACAGUGAACAUUUAUUUUAUAGCAUCUUUUUCAUUAAUUCAUCAUUUUCAUCAUUAAUCAAUUGUUGCAAAACAUGAAAGAAAAACAUAUUGUACAGCAAAAUAAAAUGCUUUUUAGAGAAAUUGCUAUCAAUCAUGUCAGUGCAUGCAUUUCAAUAAUAUAACUUUGUAAGAUUUAUUACUAUGUUAAUAAAAUUUAAUAUUUAUUUCUUUCUUUUAUACUUUUAUAAUUAAUUUCAUAAUUUAUGAAAUUUCAUCUAAUAAGUCCAUAGACACAUAAUUGUCCUAUGUAAAGAUAUUGCUUUCCACUAUUUAGGCUCAGGUAGCUUUUUUUAAAGUGAAAUAAGUAAGAAUUUGCUAAACAAUAAAGUCCUCUACUCGAAAGAUCCUUACUCUAAAUAGAACCGAAUUCAAAUAUUUAUGCUUGGCAUUUAUAAAACUAGAAAUUUGUCCAAAGGACACUCAUGCCACUGCUUCAUUUUUGCUUUUCAGUGUCAUAUUUAGACAUACUUUUAAAAUUAAUUUUCUCCAGCCUAUUAAUAUUGUUAGAUAAGAAUUACACAUCAAGUUUCUCCAUGACCUGGAAUUGAUGACCUCAAAAUCAAUAUGGGUCCUCACCUGCCCAUGUAAAAUGUUCCUAACAAGUUAUAUAUACCAGCACUCUGUUAUGGAUUAAAAAUGGUAAUACACAGUGAUGAAUUACUGUGACCGUGACCAUAUAUUCCAACCAAGCAACAUAUACCACAGCUUAUUCCCUUCUCAACUUGCGGAUCAGAAAAUGGUAGUUUAAAACACAGUGUACUACUGUAACCUUUUGACCUUACAAGAUUGUCUAAUGGCUAUAGGUAAUGCCCCUACCAAGGUACAUAAACCAUGGCUUAUUCUUUCUCAAGAUAUUGAUCAGACAAUGAUUGAUUGUACACAAAAUUUUGCUGUGACCUUGACCUUAUGACCACAAAAUCACUAGGGACCAUCUCCUGGCCUUGGGUGAAGUUCCUUUAAAGGAACAGAAGCCAAGGCUUAUUGUAUCUUAAAGUUAAUUGAUCAGACAAAGAUUGUCGCUGUAACCUUGACCUUUGACCAAAUGAUUUCAAAAUAAGUUAAGAUCAUCUAGUCUGGCUAUAGGGUAUGUCCCUAGAAAGCUACAUGAAACUCAUGGCUUAUUCCCUCUCAAGUAAAUGAAUUAACAAAAACUUCAAACCAAGUGUCACUGUGAGCAGGAUGCUGACCUCAAAAUCAAAAGGAUCAUCUACCUCCGAAGAUUAAUUUCCUACCAAGAAAAACCACAGCUCCUUCCUCAAGAUAAUGAUCAUGCAUAAGUAUGUUUUGGCCAAUCCAAUCCAUGCAAAUAAGUGGUGGCAUAAGAAGGAAAAAACUUAUUACUUUACAAGAGGGCCAUGAUGGCCCUGAGUAUUUCACCAAAAACAACUGCUUUUCAGUGUUGGAAAUUAUCCGUUGUCAAUAUUUUCUGAUAUUAAAUUUGAGCCAAUCAAAUUAAUAUAUUGGCUCAAAUUAAUAUAAGCAAACUUGAUAAAAGACUACCUAAUAAUGCUACAAAGUUUGGUGAUCAUCUAUCAAUUAUUUCAGUAGGAAAUGAUGUUCAAAGGUAUUUCUAUUUUUAGCUUUAGCGGACCCUAAAAUGGGUUAAUCAAAUUAAUAUGAUCAAACUUGAUAAAAGACAACCUAAGCAUGCUACAGACAAUAUUUGGUAAUCAUUCAUCAAUUAGUUCUGUAGAAAUACAUGUUUAAAGGUAUUUCUAUUUUUAGCUUUAGCUGCCCCUACAAGGGGCCAAUCACAAUAAUAUGAGCAAACUUGGUAUAAGACUACCCAAGAAUGCUACAGACAAAGUUUGGUGAUCAUCCAUCAAUUAGUUCUGUAGAAGAAGAUGUCUAAAGGUUUUUCUAUUUUUAGCCUUAGAGACCCCUAAAAGGGGCCAAUCAAAUUAAUAUGAGCAAUUUGAUAAAAGGCUACCAAAGAAUGCUGCAGACAAAGUUUGGUGAUCAUCCAUCAAUUAUUUCUCUAGAUAUAGAUGUUUAAAGGUAUUUCUAAUUUUAGCUUUAGCUGCCCCGAAAAGGGGCCAAUCAAAUUAAUAUGAGCAAACUUGAUAAAAGACUACCCAAGAAUGAUACAAAGUUUGGUGAUCAUCCAUCAAUUAGUUCUGUAGAAAUUGACGUUCAAAGGUAUUUCUAUUUUUAGCUUUAGCGGCCCCUAAAACAUUUAAAAGGGGCCAAUCACAAUAACAUGAGCAAACUUUGUAUAAGACUACCCAAGAAUGCUACAGACAAAGUUUGGUGAUCAUCCAUUAAUUAGUUCUGUAGAAAUAGACGUUAAAAAGGUUUUCUAUUUUUAGCCCUAGAGACCCCUAAAAGGAGCCAAUCAAAUUAAUAUGAGCAAAUUGAUAAAAGACUACCCAAAAAUGCUACAGACAAAGUUUGGUGAUCAUCCAACAAUUAGUUCUCUAGAUACAGAUGUUUAAAGGUUUUUUAUUUUUAGCUUUAGCUGCCCCUUAAAGGGGUCAAUCAAAUUAAUAUGAGCAAACUUGAUAGAAUGAUACAGACAAAGUUUGAUGAUCAUCCAUCCAUUAGUUCUGUAGAAGAAGUCCUUUAAAGGUUUUUCUUUUUUCAGCCCUAGAGACCCCUAAACGGGGCAAAUCAAAUUAAUAUGUGCAAAUUUGAUAAAAGACUACCCAAGAAUGCUGCAGACAAAGUUUGGUGAUCAUCCAUCCAUCAAUUAGUUCUCUAGAUACAGAUGUCUAAAGGUUUUUCUAUUUUUUGCCCAAGAGACCCCUCAAACGGGCCAAUUAAUAUGAGCAAACUUGAUAAAAGACUACCCAAGAAUGCUACAGAAAAAAUUUGGUGAUCAUCCAUCAAUUAGUUCUGUAGUAGAAGAUGUUUAAAGUUUUUUCUAUUUUUAGCUCUGUUGACCCCUAAAAGGGCCCAAUUGAAUUGACAUGAGCAAAUUCAAGUGUGACUGUCACAAGGUUGCUACAGACCAAAUUUGAAGGUAAUCUGCCCAGCAGUUUCAGAAAAGAAGACAAUUGUUGAUGCAUGACGAAGGACUCCAGAGUAUCCCCCUUUGAUACUAAUAGCUCACCCUGAGCCUUCGGCUCUGGUGAGCUAAUAAAACAAGAGGGCCAUGAUGGCCCUGAGGUCGCUCACCUGUAUAUAGGCCCCCCAACCCCCCAACAUUGCAGGGCCAAUUUAACCCAAGGGCUUUUAUUUGCACAAACUUGGUAGACACCCAUAAGAUGUUUCAUGCUAAACAUCUAAACUCUAGCUCAUUGGGCUUUUAAAAAGAAGAUUUUUUUAAAGUUUUUACUAUACACAUAUAGUUAAAAACAAUGACACCCCUGGGGCCGGGCCAGGGCUUUUAUUUGAACAAACUUUGUAGACACUGACUAGAAAAUGUUUCAUGCU